AUGCCUAACUUCGUUGAUUAUGUAACUAGUACAUCGUUUAUGAACCUAUUCAUGAACAACGAUUCGAAAACUUUAGAUUUUGUAAUUGCCCAUUUCGAUCAGAUCAUGCAAUUAGGUUUUCGAACAGUCAACGGAAAGAAAAAUUUGGUGACUCCAUGUCUCCAAAUAAUCAGGAAUAUUAGAUAUCCUUUUUUGACAGAUGUUUAUCAAAAGACUAACUUAGCAAGCUUCUUAACUAACUACCCAAUACACUGUCGAGCCUUCUCAAAUGCUUCUCAUCAUAUAUACUUCCUUUUAUUGCCAAAUUAUAUAUAUACCCAAACACGACGUUUAAUGUCACCGUUUUCUACCGAUGAAUUCUUUAGUUCAAUAAUACAAGUAUGCGAUUUAUUCCCAGCUAAUGAAUUUCUACGUCAGACAAUCUCAACAGCUGGUGCCAGAACUUUAUCUAUUUUUGAUCAAAUAUCUUUUUGUCCACGGCUAACUCAGUGCUUAUUUUAUAAUGAGCUGGCAAUACCAGCAAUAGAAAUAUUAACUCUCGGUCUUGCAAACCGGCUUCAAUAUCAAGUUGUUGAUACUCUUAUGCAAAAUCAAAUCCUCCAAAACCUUAUCGAGCUAUCCAUGAAAUCGAAAACGCCGGAGUACUUCGGGUUCUUGCGUUCUGUCUUUCAAAUCUCUCAGAAAAAUCCUUCAUUUUACAAAGCUAAGCAAUUAUCUCAAAAAAUAACAGAAUAUAAAGACGAAUUCUGCUCGAUAGUCCUAAGACUCCGCUUGUUUACCCGUAUUUCCGAAGUCGCAGCUUACUUAGUGAUCGAUAUUAUCGAAUUUGAUCACAUUAUCACAGAUCCAUUCAUUGAAAUGACACGGCGACUAGUCAUAGACUUCUUUGACUUCCCUGCCCAUACGUUCCUGCAUCAAACUGUCCUUUCAUUGUUCAGAAUGCUCCUAAAAACAGGUCAUCUCACUCCUUCCAUCAUUAGCCGCAGCGGUUUACCGAUGAAGUUGGUCGAUGCUUAUGAUCGGCGUGAAGGAGAAAUCGGAGUUUCUUUUUGGGCCGAAACAAGAGAGCUUGCGGAGAUUGUAAACAUGUUUGGAAUCACACAGUUCGGUAUUACACAGGAUGUGUGGAGGAAGAAGGUAAUGAAUAGAGUUAACGCUGAAAUGGCGAUUAUUCAAAAAGAUUAUGGCGGAUAUACGCCUAGAAUUAGCUGCAAUGGAAGUAUUCUUGAUCUACUUCUAUCUUUUAUUGUUAUUUUUGUUACGUUCUUGGGAAUCAUGUGGGUUUUCCGGAAAAGAAUUCAAUAA